UAUAUAUAUCAUCAUCCUUUCAUCAUGUCUGGUCGCGGCAAAGGAGGCAAAGUCAAGGGAAAGUCAAAGUCCCGCAGCAGCAGAGCUGGCCUUCAGUUUCCCGUGGGACGUAUCCACCGUCUGUUGCGCAAGGGCAACUAUGCUGAACGUGUAGGAGCAGGAGCUCCAGUCUACCUGGCUGCAGUCAUGGAGUACUUGGCUGCUGAGGUCCUCGAGUUGGCCGGCAAUGCUGCCCGUGAUAACAAGAAGACCAGGAUCAUCCCCCGUCACUUGCAGCUGGCCAUUCGCAACGAUGAAGAACUCAACAAGUUGCUGUCUGGCGUGACCAUCGCCCAGGGAGGUGUCCUGCCUAACAUCCAGGCAGUUCUCUUGCCCAAGAAGACCGAGAAGAAGAAUAUCAUGGAGAAUCUUACCUGUUGCCUCUUUGAUUUAGGUGUACUCUUCCUCAGAUUUUUCAACUUCACCAUCACUGUUGCUACAACUGGUACAUGGUCACUAUUACAAUCAGCUACCGGAUCUCUAUGA